AAGUUCCCAUUAUUACAGACUUAUUAAAGAACUGGAAUUCAUAAAGAAGUUUCAAACACAAUCGCCAAAUGGACUUAAUACAAAAAAUCAACUUGAUGUCCUGCUACGGGAAACUAUCUUGUAAAAAAUAUAUGUGAAAAACAUUUUAUAUUAAUCAUCAACCUAAAUGUAUGUAAAAAUAAUAGUACUUUAUGCAAUGUAUCUUAUUCAUAAUGUGUAUAUGUUAUAUAGAAUAGCAAGUAUAUAUGAUUAUUUAAUCAAAUAUCAUUAUAAUAUUUUACAUAGAUAUGGAUUGAAAUAAUUAAAGUCAUUAAAUAAGUUUACCCUAUUUAAUUAAUGAUAAUAAGUUUAGGUCGAUUAUAAUUACAUAUGAUGAUGAUUGUUUUAUUGUAAAAUAUCAAUUUAUUAAAUAUAUAAAGCACACAUUUAACAUAAGAUUAAGACAAAAUAUGUAAGUGUUUAACGUCAUUUCAUUUUUGGCGAAUUUUUACAUUUUUUGGGCGCCAUUUUAAAUAACGCCAUUUAUGACGUCAUCAUGUACAACGUCAUUUGACGUUUAAAAACAUUUUUCUUUGUUAUUUAAAUUGUGCAGUCAAAAGAUGUAAAAAUGUAGUUAACAUUUAAUUUCCAAUGUUUUGAUAAAGAUCUCCAGUGAUGUAUUACUGAGUUCUGAUCAGUCUCGUUCGCCCGAGAGGCCUCAGAGAGGACGAGGAAGGGCUAGAAUGGUUGGGCGAGGAGGGGGUCGCAGCCAGCUUGCGGGCCGAGGCCGAGGUAGAGGAAGCAGAGGAAAAGCUCGAGUAGGGCAGACAGAGACAGGGGCUGUAGAAGGAUUGAAUAGACCAGACCAACAACAAAUAUUGAUGCGGAAGGCGGAUUCCAUCCACCAGGAGGCCAGUAAUCUCCGCCUUGGUGUAGCUGCGGCAAAUGCAGGGAUAUGCCAUCUCCUGUUGAGCCUGUUUGCUGUGGGAAAAGAGUAUGCAUCACUCUCACCCCGGAAUUCAACACCUUGAUAUUGGAUGAGCGUGUCCUGGCUCUAGGACGGUUGCUGCGUAGAGACAUUCUUGGGUUCCCAGAACAACUGGGGGAAGAAGAAGAUGAUUAUAAUGCGGCCAAUAGGUUUCAUGCCUACACUAAUUAUACUCUUUGGAGGCAUGGGCGUCUAGGCGCUGGAGUAAGGCUUCCUCUCCCGGCCUGUGCUGUUUGGAAGAUAAGAGACAAGUUCCCCCACCCAUAUGCUCAGUACACCUGUUUCAAACCAUCAAGAGUGUAAAUGUUAUCAUCUAGUGUUUGUUAUUUGUAUGUUGUUCUUAAAUAAAUAAUGAACACUU